GCCAUGGCUGACCACCCAGAACUGCUGGCCGAGAUGUCGGCAGUGGGCCAAAUGGGCACGCAGGAGCGGCUGAAGCAUGCCCAGAAGCGCCGUGCCCAGCAGCUGAAGAAGUGGGCACAGUUUGAGAAGGAGGUGUUGGGCAAGAGGGCCAAAGCAGAGAAGAAGAAGAAGGGGAGCAGCAAAGAGAGGCGUGUGCUAUUUCCCGACAACGUCCGCCUGUUGGAGGCCGCCUGUCGCAAUGAUGUGGAAGAAGUUCGGCAGUUCCUCUUGAGCGGCGUCAAUCCCAACCUGUGCAACGAAGAUGGCCUCACCGCGUUACACCAGUGCUGCAUCGAUGACUACGGGGACAUCGCUCAGCUGCUGCUGGAAGCCGGUGCCGAUGUCAAUGCCUGCGACAGUGAGCUCUGGACCCCGCUGCACGCCGCCGCCACCUGUGGGCACCUGCAUUUGGUGGAGCUCCUCAUUGAAAAAGGUGCCAACCUGCUCACCGUCAACUCUGAUGGGAACAUGCCGUACGACCUCUGCGAGGAUGACGUGACGCUGGACUACAUUGAGACGGCCAUGGCUGACCAAGGCAUCACUCAGGAGACCAUCGAGGAGGCCCGUUCGGCGGUGGAGCGAGCUAUGGUGGACGACAUCCACCGGCUGCUGAAGGAAGGGGUUGAUCUGAACACGCCGCUGGACCACAGAGCAACUCUGCUGCACAUCGCUUCUGCCAAUGGCUACCAGGAGGCUGCUGAGUUGCUGCUCGAACACAAAGCCAGCAUGAGCGUCCAGGAUAGUGAUGGGUGGCAGCCCCUCCAUGCGGCUGCUUGCUGGGGCCAGAUCCAUCUGGUGGAGCUCCUGGUGGCCCACGGAGCAGACCUCAACGGGAAGUCUGUCCUGGAUGAGACCCCACUAGAUGUCUGCUCAGACGAGGAGGUGCGUGCCAAACUCCUGGAGCUGAAGCACAAGCAUGAUGCCAUCAUGAAGUCGCACGACAAGCACAAGUCUCUUCUCCAGCGCCGCACCUCCAGCGCGAGCAGCCGAGGGAAAGUGGUGCGGCGGGUGAGCGUGACGGAGCGCACCAACCUUUACCGCAAAGAGCAUGAGAAGGAAGCCAUCGUCUGGCAGCGGAUGGAGCAGCGCGAGAGCGAAGGGGAGGGGGAAGACGAGGACCGCCAGACGGAUGCCGAACUCCAGCAGCCGGUUCCCCAGGUUCCUGCAGCCAAGGCCGUGAGGCCGGGGGGCUUGCCGGGGGAGGAGGCAUCCCAGCGCAACGGCACCGCCCACCCCAAGCACCUGUACUCCAAGCGGCUGGACCGCAGCGUCUCUUACCAGCUGGCCACCCAGGAGGAGCUCAGCACGGAGAAGGCCCACCACACCCUGGCUGACCUGAAGCGCCAGCGGGCGGCCGCCAAGCUGCAGAGACUUCAAACCGAGGAGUCCUCGGCCGGCCCGGGGGAAGCCCCCAACUCAGUGUACUUCACGGCAGCCAGCGGGGAGCCCCCGCUCCUCAAGCUGACGGCCCCCGCUGAAGAGAGCCCGGUGGAGAAGAAGCGUUGCUGCAACGUGAUGUGA